UCAUAAGAGGAAUUGGAUGGGAAGAGUGGAAAAGUGGGUAGAGAGAGAUUGAGAGAUUUUUUUUCUCCUUACCAUUAUUACGAAAUGGAGUGAGUAGUUGUUGGAAAAAAAAAAAAAAAAAAAAAAAACCUCUCCUACGUUUAUUUUUUCACUUGUAAGCUGUCCGCUGCAAUUUCUCCUCCCUCCUCUCUCUCUCCUCCAUUGAAGCGCACUCUGAAUUCUUCGUUUUUCUCCUCCAUUGACGCAGCUUCUGAGUAUAUUUGUUCGUAUCUAGAGAUAAAUUUGAGGUUUUCUGGAAUUUGUUUGUUUGUUUGAUUGAUCGAAAGAUGUCGCCGAUGAAACUGCCACCGGCGAAGUCAUCAACAUCGACGCAAUACGACCACACUAAUGAUCCGUGGUUCAAGAACCGAUUUAGUGCUCAAGAGGAUGAAAAGGCUUUGGCUGCUAAGGAAUAUCAUGUACCUCCCUAUUUAAAACGGGACGGGUAUAAACCUCGAAAACCCGAAGAUUUUGGUGAUGGUGGGGCGUUCCCUGAGAUUCAUAUUGCUCAGUAUCCCUUGGGAAUGGGCAGGGAUAAGACACCAAGUUCAAAGAUAUUGCCUGUUACUGUAGAUAGUAAAGGGAAUGUGGCAUUUGAUAAUAUUGUGAAGCAAAAUGAAAAUGCGUCGAAGAUUGUUUAUUCGCAACAUAGGGAUCUUGUGCCGAAAAUUUUGAGGGGGGAAGAGUCUGAUUCCGAGGAAGAAUCAGAUGAGCUGCAAAAGGAGAUUGAAGAGACUACUGAAGCUACUAAAGCUGCAAUUGAGAAGAUCGUUAAUGUGAGGUUGAGUGCUGCUCAGCCUAAGAAUGUGCCUAAGCAUUCAUCUGAUUCGAAGUUUAUUAAGUAUAAGCCGUCGCAGCAAGCUCAGGCUUUUAAUUCUGGUGCGAAAGAGAGAAUCAUUAGGAUGGUAGAGAUGCCAGUGGACCCUCUUGAACCUCCCAAGUUCAAGCACAAGAGGGUUCCCAGGGCCUCGGGGUCACCACCUGUGCCGGUGAUGCAUUCACCACCUCGUCCUGUGACUGUGAAAGAUCAGCAGGAUUGGAAGAUUCCACCUUGCAUUUCGAACUGGAAGAAUCCUAAGGGUUACACUAUUCCAUUGGAUAAGCGGCUUGCAGCCGAUGGAAGGGGCCUUCAAGAUGUUCAGAUCAAUGACAAUUUUGCAAAGCUUUCUGAGUCCCUGUAUGUUGCGGAGCAGAAGGCGAGAGAAGCAGUGGCAAUGAGAUCAAAGGUGCAAAAGGAGAUGGCGAUGAAGGAAAAGGAAAAGAAGGAGAUGGAGCUGCGUGCUUUGGCUGCUAAAGCACGUUCUGAGAGGACUGGUAUUGCAGCUCCUGUGGCUGCACCUGCUAGAAAUAUGGAUAUGGACGAUGAUGACAUGAGAUCUGAUUAUGUUGGCAGAGGAGAGAGAGAAGUUACAAGGGAGGCAAAAGAAGAGAGGGAAGAGAGGUUGGGGCGUGAGAAAAUUCGUGAGGAGCGGCGACGAGAGAGGGAGAGGGAGAGAAGGUUGGAGGCCAAAGAUGCUGCUACGGGAAAGAAGAGUAAGAUUACAAGAGAUAGGGAUCGUGAUAUUAGUGAGAAGGUUGCUCUUGGUAUGGCGUCCGUUGGGUCUGGAAGAGGUGAAGUCAUGUAUGAUCAGCGAUUGUUCAACCAAGAGAAGGGGAUGGAAUCUGGUUUUGCUGCUGAUGACCAGUACAAUGUAUAUGACAAGGGCUUAUUCACCGCCCAAGCUACACUUUCCACUCUAUACCAGCCGAAGAAAGAUAUGGAUAAUGAAAUGUAUGGCGGAGCUGAUGAACAGCUUGAGAAGAUUAGGAACACUGAGAGGUUCAAACCUGACAAGGGAUUCACUGGAACUGCAGAGAAGAGUGGUAAGAGAGAGAGGCCUGUUGAGUUUGAGCAAGUUGCCGAGGAGGCUGAUCCAUUUGGUUUGGAUCAGUUUUUGACUGAAGUGAAGAAGGGUAAGAAAGCCAUGGACAAAAUUGGUGGCGGAGGUACAAUGAAAGCAAGCGCUGGGUCUACACGAGAAGGCUAUGAUGGUGGCUCGGGGAGGAGCAGGAUUGACUUCGACAAGGGGCGUUAAUUCUGCAUUUAUUUAUUUUUAUGUUUGCUGAUCCUGUUUUUGCCCUAUAGGUGAUCUGCAUUUUAUUUGACUGUAUAAUACUUAGCCUUCUCGGAAAGGCCACUGUUUAGGGUCCUAAAAGGUUUUAAUAUGGAUCUUUGUUAUUGUAUCUUUAAUCACAGUAAUCUACUUAUCCAAAAGUUUAGGUGCUAUACUUAAUUGCAGAGAAAAUUGAUUU